AUGAGGGGAGAUAUGGCAGCACAGGAGCACUGGAUGAUACAUCUGCAGAGGGUCUACUACCCCGUACUCGCAGCUAUUGGAAUCCCCUCUAACAUUGUGUCUUUCCUGAUCUUCUGGAGACGCAAAUGCAUGCUCUCCAAAUCCAGCGCCCUCUACCUGAUGGCCAUCGCUGUUGCAGAUACAGCCGUCCUGCUGUUCAUCGUGGUUUUGGAACUCAUUGUCAAAUUCUACACAGUAGAGCCCUUCUGGUUUCGAGACCCCUGGUGUAGCAUGCGAGAUGUCUUCAACUAUGGGGCCUACAAUGUCUCCACCUGGCUAGUGGUGGUCUUUACUGCUGAACGUUUCCUGGCCAUUACCACGUGGAGCUUAAAGAACAGGAUUUGCAACCCUCGCUGUGCGCUAAGGGUCAUCUGUGGCGUCUUUGUGGUGGGUCAUUUGCUGGCCGUGCCCUACUACUGGGCUUAUAUAUCAAUCUACAGCCAAGACGCCCAACACUGGCUCUGCAUCUACCGGCCAGAUUCUCCCCUUGAGUAUGCCCUCACCAUGGUGAGCCUCCAGGCAACUCUUUCCCAUAUCUUGCCCUUCAUCUUUAUCAUUGUCCUCAACGGCCUCACCCUGCGCCAGAUAUCCCUCAGCAAUCGGGUGCAUACGGCUGCAGAAAUGUGUAAAUCAAUCUCCGGCCAUAAGGUUGCACCACUGCUACGUUCACGAAAGAGGAAGUCGGUGGUACUUCUGGUGACCGUAUCCAUGACUUUUGUGCUGCUGUCUACCACACGUUCCAUCACACAGCUCAUCCUACGCACCAAGGGUCUGCACGUGGAUCGUGAUGACUACAGUCUGGACAUAAACGUGGCAGCAGAUAUCGGCACCAUGCUUAGCCUUAGCAAUGCAGCUGUGAACAUGUACCUGUAUGCAUGCACGCAGACCAAGUUCAGACAGGAAUUUAUAGCUUGUGUCAAACAUUGUCUAUGGAGAGGCUGCCUGGUCAGAAACAGUCCAUCAUCAUGUACGCCUGGACACGCAUGA